AAAAGAGAUAGAGGAAGAGAGGGAGUGAGAGGGAAAGAGAGUGAGACUGAAAGAGAGAAGGGGUGAGUGAGAGAGAGAGAGAGAGCGAGAGGGAGAGUUACAGGCAGAGGAUCACUUAGAGCAGCGAAGCGCAGUAGUGAACAAUACCCAGAAAGAGAAAGAAAGAAAGAAAGAGAGAGAGAGAGAAGGGAAGUGCUGGACUAACACAGACUGAAGGAGAUAGAGAAAGGAGAAGAGGACAGAAGAGGAGUGGAUGGCAGCGGAUGAAGAGGAGGAUUGGAUGGGAACGGUGGAUGGAGUGGAGGUGAGUGAGGAAGAGAAGGAUGAAGAACCGUAGUUACAGAAGAGUAAGGAGUAGACGGCUCGGAGACGCCGGACGCCAGAUAGACUUUGAGUGAAAAAGAGAUGGACAGAAGAGCUACACCUUUAGCCUCUCAUCCAAUCAGGAAAUGAAUAACCGAACACAUGACAACCAGUUGCCAGACUAAGUGGUGAGGUCAUACCUGUGACCAAAGCAGACCUGGGAAAGGCAAACCAUGGAUUUUAUAGCCAAUGAGCAAUAGUGCAGUAACACACUGUUACUCUCAAUCUCCUUAUACAUCUCUCCCUCACAUAACACAGAGGCCAAUAUCUCAUACAACCACUUGGACAUAACACAGCCACGCCCACUGUGAUGUCACAGAGUGGCUCCUCCACCUCCAGCUCCUCUGGGGGCUGAGCCUAUUGGUUGGGGCUAUGGGAAGAAGAGUGGCUGAUCCGACCAAUCCAGUGCCGGCGCUGGGGGUGCCCCUGGCGGGGGGGCGAUGGGGGCCACUUUGCAGUGUGGGUGUGCAGACCUCCCCUGGCCUUAGGAUCCUCCCGUCAAUCAAACACAACCAGCCAACGAACAUACAGAAUCCAGAGACAGUGCCGGGCCAAAACCAUGUCACCACAGCUGUGACCAUGCCCUCAGACACUGGGGUUGUGUGUGACUCAGGCACCCGUGACAACAGCAGAGUAUUUGCAGUUUCCAAGGAAACCAGUCAGAACGCCAUUAACAGCCUGACACAGGACGACAUGGGGUCGCAAGGGUCAGGGAGCGGAGUCUACUGUCAGAUUAAAGCUAUACGGACCAAUCCUAGGGACUUUGGCCACAGGCCCAGUGGGAAAAGGACAUCUCGAUAUGCUAAUGGGAGUGUGGUUGCUCCUGAGGUGGUGGGUGGAGUCUGUACUGAAGGUGCAGAGGGCAAUGAGCCAAUCAGAGAGAGGAGGAGGGUCCAGUCACUGAGAGGGGAGGAGUCUCGCCCUGCCCGAAGGUCUGGAAGUGUGUCUCAGUCUGUGACCUCUCAUGUCACGCCUCCUAGGGCCUGUAGAAUGAUAACAUCAUCAUCGCCACGCCUCUGUGGAACCUGUGGGCGGAGACAGUCCCAGGCCCCACCCAUCUGCAUGGCAACAGCAUGCCGCAGACGAGCGGCCAGUCAGAUCACAGAAAGCCAAACUCUCCCGAAUCCUCCUCGGAAACAGACUGCACUCCCUAAACAGAACCGGAAAGACUCUCCUGUUUUAAACUCAAACACAGCACCAACCACACACACGGCCAUGAAGAACACGCAAACACAAACUCACUCACUGCCCUCUCCACACACAAAGCAGAAGACCAAAAACCUACCUGUACCAACAGGUCCUAACACAAAGGACACAGCUACGCAACAUACGCACGUAGACACAACAGACCCACAACCAAGAAUACAUCAGAAACAGACACACUCACACACCACAGACAAAACAUCUCUCCCUACACAGCCUUUACUGGGCAAAAACACGGAGAUAUCAUCCAACCACCAACACACACUCCAACACACACCACCGGGAUCAUCUAUACAAGUCACCAACAAGCCACAACCCCCAGUUCUACUCAUUGGCACAAAGUCCCCAGCCACACCCCCUCUCCUGCCUAAAAAGUCCACCAACCAAUCACACUCUGCCAAGGUACACCAAAAACCAGCCCCCCCUGUCCUUCAGACCAAACCCAAACUGACAGCCCCCAAGCCCUCCCUGCUUCCCCAAACACCACCAGCACAACCAAUCAAAUCUGACGACUCCAACCCCCCUCCCCAAAAAAAAGACGCUUCCAACGAGGCCCACGCUGCCCACCGAGCCCCACAAUGCAACGGGGCUCCAGGUGGGCUGGCAGGGGUACAGGAGGGGGUAAAGACGGAGGUACAGGAGGAGGUACCAGGAGGAGGACAGGAGGGUGUGCCGGGGAGCCUCCAUGGGCGUCUUCACAGCGUGGAGGAGAGCCUUCUCUCCAACCAGGAGAAAAUUAAAGUCCUCCUCAAUGUCAUCCAAGACCUGGAGAAAAGCAAGGCUCUCAGCGAAGGGCGCUGCUCCUACAGGACUGGCCAGGAUAUUAACAACUGUUCCACCUGUCAGAAGACUGCUUGUAUCAUCUACAGUGUAGAGCAUGACUUCAGGCAGCAGGAGGGGAGGCUCCAGCCAGUAAUGGAGAGCCUUGACAGGGACUACGACGUCCCCCUUUCAGUCCCCAAACCUGCCCUCUCCCGCCCCGGCGCCAAGGACCGUGUUAAGAAGCUACGCAAGAAGUGCUUUUGGUGGCUGUAGGCACACGCCCGGACUCACACCGCAACACACAGCUGUCAUCAUGGUUAUAUUCUGGACUGCCGUUAGCGCUGGGAUUGGACACCUGUGUGACUAUGGACCCCAGGGAGUGUUCCUGCACUGGGGGGGCUGCGCGCCUGUUGCGAUUGUCGUCAGAGCUACAUGCCUGCAUCUCUGACGUAGUUGAAGAAUGAACAAUACAUGCAAACAAUAGCUCAACUAGACGUAGGCUCACGGGAAAAGGUACAACAUUGACGUCAAGUCUCCAACAAGUUACUGAGAGAUGAGACGGAAAAGCCUGGCCUCGUUGAUGUGACCUACCGAGCAAAGAUCAAAUCAAGAUUACCCCUCCUAAAGCGUAAAAAAAUAAAUCACUGGGUCAUCUUUUGGACUCAGCACAAGCACAAACACACACAAACACCACCAAUCAUAUCUACUAUAUGAGCUUCCACAAUUCCACUGCGCUAUAGGCUAAAACAGAAGUUCAACCAAUAACUAUCAUUAGUUGCUUAUCAGACCACACCCUAUUUAAUGUUUAACCAAUCAUCAGCACCAGACGCUUACUGGCCAAACCAAUGCUUUUUUAUAGACUAUAUAAGUGUGUAAUACCCCACAAUGCAUCUCUCUUCUUGAGUCCUCUAACUUUUCCCAUCUAUGUGAAGUUGCAGGUGUUUGUAACAGUUAUAUCGGGAUCCAAUAAAAGUGUAUAUUUGAAACAGAA